AUAUCAUAAUCGGAACGUUAAAGAGAAUCUUCGAGAGUAUGGCAGAUCAUAUGGAAUAUAUAGUAUCGCCAUGGGAAAUCGAGGCUUAUGUGCAAAGUUUGAACGUUUCGACUCUCGACGAUGUCGGUACAAAAAGCUGGUUGGAUUUCCAUAAGAGACUGACAUUAUUAAACCAGCAAAGUGUACUCGAGAUAAAAGGAUUGCGCGAAGAGAGCGUUAUGGAAUGGUUUAUUUCCUUAAAGAAAGUUCCUGUUCUUAUAUGCGAAGCAAUACAAAUCGAUAUAUGGAAACAUAAAACGUUCCCGCUUUUAAUUGAUCUCAAUGGCGAGCCGCCAAACACGUUUAUGAUGUUCAGCGUACUUUAUCAUGAAGUCGUCGUAAUUUCGUUAUUGGAAAAUAUAUUAUUUCAUUGCGAAAGCGCGCAAACGAUAGAUAAUAUGGUGAUCGAUCUUAUCGAUUAUGCCGUCGAGCACGUAACAUUACUUUUCGAUGAAAAAACAGUCGAGAUUUACGAAAGAUUCGAAAUCAAAGAUCCCAACUCUUGUCUUGAAGAGAUAUUGGAGAAACUGAAGGUAUUUGAAUUUGACAUUGGGAUGCGAUGUAUCUCCAUCCUUUACUAUCUAAUAGAAUUUUCGGAUAGCUUACCCCUUUGCGCUAUUUCGCGUAUGCUAGCUACGCACGAUAUUCCUUACUUAUUUGCGCAAUUAAUAGAAACUCAACCAUGGAAAAAGCAAGAUGAAGAUGGUGAAACGUUAAUGUAUGAUGCUAGCUGGAGGAAAGUUAAGGCAGAUGAAGUGGGAAAAAUUAAUAAGAGAGAAGGCCAAGUAUGGUUUGGUCUGAGAGAAUUACUUCUAAAUCCCAAAUGUUCUCCAUAUUAUGAUAUUACAGAGCACAGGUUGUCCCAGCUAUCUAAGUUGCAGAAAUAUUUACAUGAAGAUAUAUUAGAUCAAAUUGCUCCUCUGAUAGAACUUAAGAGAUGGUUAUCUUACUUAAAUAUAACAGCAAUGCCAUCUUCUAGCACAAGUUGCGCGGUUCACAUAGAAGUAAUACCACAGAUAAAAUCAUCUAUUUUGGAAAAAUAUCAUAAAAAAUGGAAAAAGUUGGCUAAACAUCAGUCUAAAUAUCUAUUUACAACGGAUAAAAAUUAUAUUAAAGAUGCUGCACAAAUUUUAAGUGAUGGCUACGAUUUGGAGAAAUUAGAUCGCAUAGAACCAAAAAAAUGUUCAUUAUGUCAAGAAAUAUCUAAACAACAAUGCUCUAAAUGUAAAAAAGUCUGGUAUUGUAGCAGACAAUGUCAAGUGAAAGAUUGGGAAGAACAUAAGAAGAUUUGUAACAAAAGCUAAACACAAUAAUCAGAUUCUUGAUAGAUUAAGAAUUUAUCUAUAUAACAUAUUGUAUACUUUAUACAAUGUAUAUGUAUAUG